UACAGAGCUGCCACAAAAAUGGCCGACGGCUUCGGUUCUGAAUUGUUUGAUGUAUUUCAAGAUUCAUCAUCAAAACCUACCGAAAAUGAACCAAGAAAAGAACAAGAUAAUGCCAGAGCUGACAAUGUGCUCAGUCAAAUUACUGGAAAACGGAAAACUGCUGGAGAGGAAGAGGAAUCUCUGAAACGUCCUAAAAAUGAAGAAAAAAUAGUUGAAGUCAUGCCAAGACUGCAGGUACACACUGUAGAGACACUGGAAGCCUGCACACAUGAGGUUGCUGUUCCACCUGAGGAAGAGUAUGUUCCCCUAAAACCUCCAACUGGGGAACCUGCCAAGGAAUAUCCUUUCACACUUGAUCCUUUUCAAAAGGAGGCCAUCCUAUGUUUGGAGAACAAUCAAUCAGUCCUUGUUUCUGCACAUACUUCUGCAGGCAAAACAGUUGUUGCAGUUUAUGCUAUUGCAUUGUCAUUGAGAAGCAAACAGCGUGUGAUCUACACAACACCCAUAAAAGCUUUAAGCAAUCAGAAAUACAGAGAGCUGUAUGAAGAAUUUACAGAUGUGGGUCUCAUGACUGGAGAUGUUACUAUCAAUCCUACUGCCAGUUGUCUUGUCAUGACUACAGAGAUUUUAAGGAGCAUGUUGUACCGUGGUUCUGAGAUCAUGAGGGAAGUGGCAUGGGUCAUAUUUGAUGAGAUUCACUACAUGAGAGACAAAGAGCGAGGUGUAGUCUGGGAAGAAACUAUUAUACUAUUACCAGACAAUGUUCACUAUGUUUUUCUCUCUGCCACCAUCCCUAAUGCAAGGCAGUUUGCUGAGUGGAUCUGUCAUUUGCAUAGACAGCCGUGCCACGUUGUGUACACAGACUAUAGACCCAUACCCUUGCAACAUUAUAUUUUUCCAGCGGGUGGAGAUGGGUUACAUUUGGUGGUUGAUGAAAAUGGGGAUUUUAGAGAAGAGAAUUUCAAUACAGCUAUGUCAGUGCUCCGCGAUGCUGGCGAUGCUGCAAAGGGCGAUCAGAGGGGCAGAAGAGGUGGUAGUAAAGCCAAUGAAUCAGAUUGCUACAAAAUUGUUAAACUUAUAAUGGAAAGGAACUUUGCUCCAGUUAUUGUGUUCAGUUUUAGCAGGAAGGAUUGUGAAGGUUAUGGGAUGCAGAUGUCAAAACUGGAUUUUAACACAGAGGAAGAGAAAGCUCUUGUGGAGGAAGUAUUUAAUAAUGCUGUUGAUGCGUUAUCCGACGAAGACAAGAAACUCCCUCAGGUAGAGCAUGUUCUGCCCCUUCUUAAGAAAGGUAUUGGAAUUCACCACUCUGGCCUUCUUCCUCUCCUCAAAGAAACAAUUGAAAUUCUCUUCUCAGAAGGACUGAUUAAAGCUCUGUUUGCUACAGAAACAUUUGCUAUGGGGUUAAACAUGCCAGCAAGAACAGUCUUAUUUACUGGUUGUCGUAAAUUUGAUGGCAAAGACUUCAGAACUGUAACUUCAGGAGAGUACAUCCAGAUGUCUGGGAGAGCAGGUCGCAGAGGUUUGGAUGAGAGAGGUAUUGUAAUAAUGAUGGUGGAUGAAAAAAUUACUCCUGAUGUUGGGAAGAAUGUCCUUAAGGGAGAACCUGAUUCUUUGAACUCUGCAUUCCAUUUGACAUACAACAUGGUGCUGAACUUGUUAAGAGUAGAAGAAAUUAAUCCUGAAUACAUGCUAGAGAGAUCAUUUUUUCAGUUCCAGAACUAUGCAGCUAUACCUGAUCUAUUAGAAAAAUUGCAGGUCAAGGAACAAGCACAUAAAGCACUUUCUGUAGAUGAUGAAGAUUCUGUUUCUGCAUACUACCGUAUAAGGCAACAGCUGGAAACACUUGGCAGGGAACUUCGCCAUUUUAUCCUCAAACCAACAUAUUUACUGCCUUUCUUACAGCCAGGAAGAGUUGUCAAGGUAAAGAAUGAAGGAAUGGACUUUGGUUGGGGAGUAGUUCUAAAUUUCCACAAAAAGAUGGACCAAUCCGCUGCCACAGAUGAAACAGGCACCUUAUAUGUGGUUGAAAUUUUACUGAAUCUUACAAAGGAUAGUUUAAAAACUCGUAAUGCAGCAGAGAUCAGACCUUGUCCUAAAGGUGAAAAAGGGGAGAUGCAGGUUGUUCCUAUUUUAACCCGACUGAUUGAUUCUGUCAGUGCCAUAAGGUUAUAUAUACCAAAUGAUCUCAGGUCUUCUGAUAGUCGAUUCCUUGUUUUAAAAUCAUUACAGGAAGUUGAGAAGAGGUUUACUGAUGGCCUACCUCUGUUGGAUCCAAUAGAAGAUAUGGGAAUCAAGGAAAAGUCUCUGCUGGAUACGAUUAAGAAAAUUGAAGCUUUUGAGCAGCGUCUUUACUCACAUCCGUUACACAAAGACACCAGACUAGCAGAGCUCUAUGAACAGUUUGAAAAGAAAACUAAAAUAGCCAAUGAAAUCAAAGCUCUAAAAUUGGAAUUAAAAAAGAAAAAGUCUCUACUUCAAAUGGAUGAGUUAAAAUGUCGCAAACGUGUUUUGCGGCGGAUGGGUUACUGUACAGCUUCAGAUGUAAUAGAGUUGAAAGGGAGGGUUGCUUGUGAAAUUAGCAGUGGUGAUGAACUGUUGCUGACUGAACUGCUAUUCAAUGGUGUUUUCAAUGAUUUGACUCCCCAUCAAGCAUGUGCACUUAUCAGCUGCUUUGUGUUCCAAGAGAAAGCAUCAGAGAUGCCAAAACUUGGAGAGGAGUUGGCUGGACCUCUCAGGAUCAUGCAGGAUACAGCUAGAAGAAUUGCAAGGAUUAGUAGAGAAGCCAAGCUAGAACUAGAUGAAGAGGUUUAUGUAGAUUCUUUCCGACCACACCUAAUGGAUGUAGUCAAUGAAUGGUGUAAUGGAUCAAGUUUUGCUAACAUUUGUAAAAUGACUGAUGUGUUUGAAGGCAGCAUAAUUCGUGCCAUGCGACGGUUAGAAGAGACAUUAAGACAGAUGGUACAAGCAGCUAAAGCUAUUGGGAACACAGAGUUAGAAAACAAAUUUUCUGAAGGUAUUCGAUUGAUCAAGAGGGACAUAGUGUUUGCAGCCAGCUUGUACUUGUAAAUUUAAAGACUUGUUUAUUUCAUGGACAACUUCAUUCGCCUAAUUUUAUGUUUCAUCAAUGACACACAAAAAACUUGACAUUUUUAACUUAGUUUAAUAUAGAUGGUCAGAGUAACACCAUAAGACAUGAUGAUAGUUUAGAGAUACUGAAUCUCAUAGUGUUCAGCAUGGACUGACCUAUUAUCGUAUGCACUAAACCAUGAAUGUUAGGUCACAUGUCACCUGUGGCUGAGAAUAAUUUCCUGUUACUAAAAGCGACACAUAACAAUUCUAUAUGAAAUUGUUCAAUAAAAACCUUUUUUUAAGUCAA